AUGUGGGCCCUGGGCUGCGUGCUCUACAUCAUGCUGAGCGGCUCGCAUCCGUUCGACCUGGACGGCAUGUCACCCGACCACGUGGUGGAGCACCGCAUCAAGGCCGAGCCGAUCACCUUCGCCUUCAGCGCCUGGGACAACGUGUCGCCCGACGCCAAGGACCUCAUCUCCAAGCUGCUGGCCAAGGACCCGGCACUGCGUCUCACGGCGGACCAGAUGCUGCAGCACCCGUGGAUGAUCGCCAGCGCGGAAGCCUCUGCGGCCGCUGGCAGCCUGCGCGCACCGUCACCGCUGAUGGCGGGCCAGCCGAUCCCCAUGAGCCCGGCCUAAAGGAACCCUCCCUCAACGUGCGCCCGUGUACUAUGGAAAAACUACAACUACGUAUUUAAAGCGGGGAACGCAAUGAAGUUGUUCGCUGCUGCGAGGACUGAACGCCGCAGCGGCACAGCUU